AUGUCGUAUGAUUAUCUCAAACACGUCGGAAAGGUCCUCUGUAUUGGUAGGAAUUAUAUGGCCCACAUCAAGGAGCUUAACAAUGCCAAACCGAUAGAACCGUUUUUUUUCAUCAAGCCCGAAUCGGCCGUGUUGAAGUAUGGAGAAGGACCGAUUUUAAUUCCGAAGGGUGUGCUGGCCCAUCAUGAGAUUGAGUUGGCUUGUAUCAUUGGCAAGCAGCUUAAGGAUUUGGAUCCUGCUAAAUUUGGACCUCAGGAGGCAAUCGAUUCCAUAGAAGGAUAUGCCUUAGCCAUCGAUAUGACGGCUCGAAAUGUUCAGGCUGUAGCCAAGAAGAAGGGAUUACCUUGGACCAUUGGUAAAGGAUUCGACACCUUUUUGCCCAUUUCACCCUUGUUGUCCAAGAAACAGAUCCCGGACCCUUAUAAUGUGGAAUUAAACCUCAAGGUCAAUGAUGAGCACAGGCAACAUGAUGUUACUAACCUCAUGAUUUUUCCUAUCCACAAGUUCCUUAGUAAGAUGUCCUCAAUUAUGACGCUAAAUCCCGGUGAUGUUAUACUUACGGGUACUCCAAAGGGUGUGGGUAUCGUCAAGCCUGGCGAUAUUGUCGAGUGCUGGUGCUCGGUCAAUGAUGCGGAAGUUCAAGGCUCUCGUAUGAAGUUUGAUGUGGAGCAGAAGCCUGGUCCAUACGAAUUUAAGGGUGAGUAG